GUUAUCAAACUACAGACAAAGCGGCAUUCUCACUUCCACAAGCAGAAAACAGUCUUAUUAGAUCCGAAUGAUUAGCUCUUUCUUUUCAAACUUCUGCCAGCAAUUCGGAGGACCUCUCGAAAGCGGUGGAUCAUUAACAAAAAGCCCAACCAAAACAAACACAAAAUAUUCAAGUCAAUAACAGAGUGUUGGGGAAAUUUCUUGGAUCAGCUUCCAUCAUCAACAGAUCAAAAAUCCCAUUGAAUUUUUCUGAGGAGAUCAAGAACACACCCAUUUCUGAAGGAGAAAGAUACAAGUUUUGAUCAGAGGUAUUUGGGAUGAGCAGUAAAGAGCCUGCUGUGAAGUUAGACGACGAGCAGUUGGCCGAGCUGCGGGAGAUCUACGGAACUGGAAUUGGGCUCUCUUCUGCGUUCUCUGGGUUUGAAGCCAAGUCCUGAUCAGUUGGACGCGCUGAUCCAGCGGGCGGAUACCAACAGUAAUGGGUUGGUGGAGUUCUCUGAGUUCGUGGCGCUGGUAGCGCCUGAGCUCCUGCCGGCGAAGUCGCCGUACACGGAGGAGCAGUUGAGGCACCUGUUCAAGAUGUUUGAUAGAGAUGGGAAUGGGUUUAUCACGGCUGCGGAGCUGGCUCACUCCAUGGCUAAGCUGGGGCACGCACUGACGGCGGAGGAGCUGACGGGGAUGAUUAGGGAAGCCGACACGGACGGUGAUGGGCGGAUCAGUUUUCAAGAGUUCUCGCAGGCGAUUACCUCCGCUGCCUUUGAUAAUUCCUGGGCUUGAUUGAUUCAGUUUCCUAUUUUCUGUAGGUUUGGGCAAUUUCCUUGAAGAAGAUUGGGCGAGUGGUUUUCUUCUCUCAUAAAUCUGCAACGUGGGAAAUGCUUUUCUAGCUUGAGUUGAUUCGGUGUGAAUAUGAAUAUGAAGGUGCAACUGCUUUUUGGUUCACCUCCCGACCCAGAAUUUUAAGACAACGAUUUUCUUAUCAAAUUUUUCGUAAUGGUCUUUAGAUGGCAGAAAACUAGUGGGAUGUCUGAUUGGCUUAAUUAGAAUGAUCAUUAAUUAUAAUGUUGCUGCUUAAACAAGCUUCAUCUAAAUCAUGUGUUUAGUUCU